CCGCGCCGCGCCGCCAUUUAACCCUCCCACCGCCGCCGGCCGGGCCGGGUUGGGCGCUGCUGCCGCCGGAGGUUGAGUGAACGCCAGCCCGCCCGGCGGUGUUUCCUCCACGGGAAGGAUCACGCUUCGUUGCUGCGCCCCGUCCCGCCAGCGGCGCCGGUGCGGCGGCCACUCCGGCCACGCAGAUCCGCGGGCGGCGGCGUAAAGGUGUUCUUGGAAAAAAAGUGCCUGCACUUCAGAGCUGAAGAAGGACAUGAGGAGUAAAAGGACCUGGGAUCUCACUGGUCAGAAUGAAACAGAUGUUGAAAGAUUUUUCAAAUCUGUUGUUAGUAGUGCUCUGUGACUAUGUUCUUGGCAAAGUGGAAUAUCUCCUGUUGGAGCGCCCAGGUCAUGUAGCCUUCAGCAAUGACACAGUAUCUGUGGAAUAUCAGUACUAUAGUGGUGGUAAUGUGACAGCAGAGCAUCUAUCCAUCCUAUUGCUGGAUGCCAGCACCAAUGAGAUAAUUGCAAGAAAACAGCUUCCAGCAAAUCAAUCCCAAGGGAAGAUGGAGUUUGAGUGCUUCCAUUUCAGGAGUGCGGGGGAGUUCUUGUUCAGCAUGGCCUCUCCCAGUGAUAACAGCAGUGAUGCCCAGGGGAGCAGAAGCAGCAUGUCCAUUCUCCAUGUGGAAUGGCCUGUGUUUCACAUUGAUUUGAACAAGAGUUCAGAGGUGCUUGGGAGCUCCCUUCAGGUUGGACUUUUUACAAAUGAGCAGUUGUGUGCCAUGAACGAGACGGUGAUUUCACUGGAUGUGAUAUUCACCAGCACCCUCUAUGAAUUUGGAAGACUAAGCUCGGAUGAGACUUUGGGCAUUAGAACUACGAAAGGAAUCCCACUUUCUAGGUCCCAGUGGGUAGAGUUUGAUUGCCCACCUGUUGGUCAAGAAAUAUACAUCACCGUGUUACUGAAAUCCCUAGAAACACAUUCCAUUAUUGCCUCCAUAGGACCCAUUGAUCUUCUCCACAAAUUUGGCUACAGACUGGUUGUGGCACCAGAAGCAACGUGCAAAACUUUGGUUCAGGUCUCUGUAGUCUCUCCCCCGUGCACUUCUGUCAAUGGAAAAGUUGUCGUCUAUAAAGAAGCUCUCAAGCACCCAAGUCAGAGAACAACUUGGCUGUAUGAAAACACCCUUCACCCAGGAGAAAACAGGACAGAAUUUAACUGCACUUUGUUUGAUGUGGGGAAGAACAAAUACUGCUUUGACCUCUUUAAUUUCUCAAACCGAAGCUAUUUCCCAACAAGAGUUAAGGAGUGUGUGAUGAUCCAGAGGAAUAUGGAAACGUGGAGCCCGUGGCAGCCCUGGAGCCUCUGCAGUGUCACCUGUGGGGAUGGUGUCCGGGAGCGCUUCCGAGAGUGUCUCACCUCCUCUCCUGCAAACCCAGGCUGUGCUGGAUCGCCGAGGGAGACUUCCUUGUGUUCUCUGGAGGAGUGUUUGUCUCCCAAGCCUCCCACCCCACCUUCUGUCCAGCCAGGAGAGGACCAGAAAGCAAAUAAUAUAGUCACCAUCACAGGUAUCUCCCUCUGCUUAUUCAUCAUCUUUGCCACCGUUCUCAUCACCCUCUGGAGGAAGCUCUGCAGAACUCAGAAGUGCAGCACCGCCGUCCGCCGAAACUCCGUCCAUUCCCCCGGAUUCCGGAAAAACUCUGAUGAAGAGAACAUUUGCCAAGGCACCCAGCAGAGGGACAGCUUCGCAGAAGGAGGAGAUGCCCCUGUUAACAUUCCUCUUACCUACAGGAGAAGCCUCCAGUUUGCUCAAGAAGAUGAUGCCUCUGGAAGUGAGAACUUUCAGCCAAAUGCCCAAAAAAUAAUCCCUCCGAUUUUCAGCUACCGCCUGGCACAGCAGCAGCUGAAAGAGAUGAAGAAGAAAGGGCUGACUGAGACCACCAAGGUGUACCAUGUAUCUCAGAAUCCCCUCACGGACACGGUCCUUGGUGCCACCACGAUGCUUCCCCUCAGUGGGGAAAGCCAAGAGGAGGUAACCGCAAACAAAUUUAGGAUUAAAUCUCCAUUUCUGGACCAGCCAGCCGGUCAGCCCAAAUUCCCAGGGGAAAGCUGUCACCCUAGGCUGGAUUUUCCGUUCUCGCAGGUCAAUCCUGCAACGAGCCCUACCCAAACCUUGGUAAGAAGAGGUCAUUUCAAGCACCAGGAUAACAGAGGGGACUUGUCUGAGAAGGGCUGUCACAGAAACCCACAGUUUAGAAGAACGGCCAGUUUCCAUGAAACUAAAAAGGCCAGGCCUUUCAGAGAGAGAAGCAUGUCCACCCUUACCCCCCGACAAACUCCUCUCUACAACUCCAGGACCAGGACGUGGGACCACGGUUUGGAGGACAGGUUGCGGCCCAAAUCCAGAAGUGCCAAUCCAACGUGUGAGAAGCUGGAUCAGGCCCACAGCACCGUGCCAGGGGCUGAACCACCGGGCCAUGGCACAAAGGGCCACCACAGGGCAGGUCCCCUGGUGAAGAAGCUGGACCUGAUCACUGACCGCCAGCCUGCUGGCCAGGAAAAGGCAGCUGACAGCCGAAGUAAGAGGGGCCCUUCACCUAACCCCAGGGGGGUGUGGCGGAAGGAACUGGGAUCAGGUGGCAAAGAUAAUUCCCAGAGAGGCCUCAGUGUGAGCCCUGCCCAGUACCGCAGGGACAAGUGCCAGAGCUUCCCCUUGGACCCCGAGUUUGCAUUUUAUGAUAAUACUACUUUUGGCUUAACAGAGGCAGAGCAGCAGAUGAUCGACCUCCCUGGAUACUUUGGCUCAAAUGAAGAGGAUGAUACAAGUACUUUGAGCAUUGAGAAGCUGGUGAUCUAAGUGACUUCAUUGCAGCCCUGCAGGAGGGGCAUGUGCUGGAGAGGAUCUGUUGGCUUCUGGUGGAAGAAGCAGUGGGAAUCGCAUUGCCUCUUCAUGGAGCAGCAGUGGGAAUUGCAUUGCCUCUCCAUGGAGCAGGAGGGAGUAACGCCCCAAGUCUGGCUUGUGGGAACACAUUGCUUUCUAUUGACUGGAAACGGCUUCCAUAUCAUUAUGUAUUUCUAUGUAUUUGUGUAAAAUACACACAAAAAUACCCUGGGAAAGGGCAUGUCAGUGAAGGCAUGAUAGAUUUUAUUGCAUAAAGCAGUCAAAUUUUGUGCAUAAAUCAUAAAUAAUGAAUGCCACUGAUUUAGCCUUUCUUACCUUGUGGACCAUCUACAAGUAGAUUAUAAUGUCCUAAAGCAUCCGUUGUCCACUAUCCUCAGCCAUCUGUCCUAACUGUUGAAUUGUUUCCCAUUUAGAAAACACAAACCUCAAGCUGUGAGCAGUUUUCAUUGGACUUUUGGUAGUUGUUAUUAAACUGUGUUAAUUAAUUGUAUUUGCUCAAAUAAGUCAUGUGAUGGUGUUCUUUUAGCUGGUUGCAUGAAAAUAGAAACCACUGGUGCUGAACACCAGAUUUUUUUUAAUUUAAAUUUGAGGGGGCAUUUUUCAUCAUUGAAGACUUUAAUAUUUUCUUUCUGCUAACAUUUAUACCAAGAAAACAGCAAUGUACAAAAAAUGCAGGAAAUUAGUAGAAAAGGGCAUGCUACUGGGAAGGCAGAGAAAAUUAAUGAUUACAUUUUAGCCCUGACAAAAAUGUUACAGCAGCAUUUAAGCACCUGUAAAAGGCAAUGAGAGAACUGUUAAAUCAUUCGUCCUUUCCAUAAUUGUCUUUGCCUGUAUUCAGCUUUUUUUAAUGUAAAUAAUCCAACAAUAAUACUACUACAGCAAUCAUAGAAUAAACUUU